CAAUCUGAGUUUCCUGGCUCGAAGGUUUCAGAGUUUGCUGCCAAGGUUUUCUUACAGUUUGAGAGAACACAACUAAUUCAUCCUGUACUUUGAACAAAAUCAAGAGGAUUCAUCAACUCAUCAGCACAACAGUGAGUCUGGCUGGGAACAAACUGAAACUACAAUGACAGCCCUAUUCCACAGUGAGCAAGGGAGUGGCCAAGGUUUUGAAAGCAUAGACCCCAGAGACUCACAGUUGAGACUUGUCCUGGUGGGCAAGACAGGAGCAGGGAAAAGUGCAACGGGGAACAGCAUCCUGGGACAGAAGGUGUUCCAGUCUGGCAUUGCAGCAAAGUCCAUCACCCAGGUCUGUGAGAAAGGCACCAGCUCCUGGAACGGGAGAGAAGUGGUGGUGGUGGACACGCCGGGCAUUUUUGACACUGAGGUCUCAGAUGCAGAGACCAGCAGGGAGAUUGCCCGCUGCCUUGUCCUGACCUCCCCAGGGCCUCACGCUCUGCUCCUGGUGGUCCCGCUGGGCCGCUACACCCAGGAAGAGCACAGGGCCACCGAGAAGAUGCUGGAAUUGUUUGGGGACAGAGCCAGGAGAUACAUGAUCCUCUUGUUCACCCGGAAAGAUGACUUGGAAGGUGUGGAGUUCCAGGACUAUUUAAAGAGGGCUCCAAAAGGAAUCAAGCAGCUAAUGGGCAAAGUGGGGGGUCGCUGGUGUUUGUUCAACAAUCGGGCCACUGGGAGUGAGCAGGAGGCCCAGAGGGAGCAGCUGAUGGCCCUGGUCCAGCGGGUGGUGAUGGAGAAUGGGGGAGGGUGCUACAGUAACGAGAUGUAUCGACGGGCUGAGGAGGAGAUUCAGAGACAGACCCAGGAGAGACAAGAGCAUUAUAGGGCAGAGCUGGAGAGAGAGAAAAGACGGAUCAGAGAGGAAUACGAAACUGAAUUGAGAAGUUUGAGGAAUCAAGUAGAUCAGCUCCAGAGACAGGCCAGCAUGGAGAGGCAAAUAGCAGAAAGGGAAGAUUACUAUGCCUUGAAGCAGAGCAAUGCCAGAGAUGAAGUCAGCAGCCAGUAUCAAACCAUUGAAACUAUCUUGAAAGCGGUAAUUCAAAUCGCUAUUUUUUUUUUGCCACUUCUAUUUAAGGAAUAAAAACUAAACUGAAGGGGGGGUGGGUGGUGACACACCUGGUUGAGUGCACAUGUAUAAUGGGCAAGGACUCAGGUUCAAGCCCCCCGCCCCCUGGUUUCCACCUGCAGGAGGAAAGCUUCACGAGUGGUGAAGCAGGGCUGCAGGUGUCUCUCUGUCUCUUUCCUUCUGUAUCCCCACCUUCCCCUUGAUUUCAGGCUGUCUCUAUCCAUACAAUGAAUAAAAGGUAAUAGAAAUUAAAGAAAAAGGUUGAUAGGGUAGUGUCUGCUAUACCACAAAGCAGAAAGUACUCACAGAUCAUAUUCUUUUCUGAGAUACCAAAGAAAUUAAAUGCAGGACCCCAGAGAAGUUUAUCCCAUUUUUCCCUUUUGUCUCUUGUUAAAAUAAAUUAUAAAAACUCUUUCUCUACAAAGCUAGAAUAUUGCUAAACUUCAGAGCCUAUACCUCAGCUUUGCAAGGAGAGAAUAAAUUAAUCUGAAUUUUGCUCCUUUACCUGAAUCCCUCAUAAAAAAAACUCUACUUGUAUUUCUGUUCUCUAUUUGCAUUUCUUUUCAAGUACAAUUUGAUUUUAAGCGCAGAAACUAGUUCUUGCUAUGCCUUUGGUUUUGUUAUCUAAAAUGUUCUGUGUCACUCAGGGCUAGCUGUCAAUGGGUUUCCCAUUUGUUUCUAAUGUAAGUAUUUGUCCUGACUCACCUUUGUUGAAAGGUGAGCUAUUACUCAAGCUCAGGAUACACGGCCACCAUCACACCUGUGAUGUGAGGCAUUUGGCCUCACUCUGCUCCUAUAACACUCCCUUAUUAAGCAGAAUGAUCUGAUGAAGAAAUCACUGCAGAGGGGCCGGCCGGGCAGUGGCUCAGCGAGUUAAGCACACAUAGUACUAAUUGCAAGGACCCAGGUUCAAGCUUCAGCUCCCUCCCUGCAGAGGGGACAUUUCACAAGCAGUGAGGCAGGUCUGCAGGUGUCUCUCUGUCUCUCUUCCUCUCUGUCUCCCCCCUCCUCUUUCAAUUUCUCUACUCCUAUCCAAUAAAAUGGAAAAAAGUAGCCACCAGGAGUGGGAGGCUCUUAAUGCUGGCACCAAGCCCUGGAGAUAACCCUGAAGAGGAGGAGGGGACUGUGACUGUCUAAGUGUUAUGCGAUAUUUUCUCAAAGAUUGGUCUUCACCUUGAUAUUACUGUUUUAUCUAUUAAAAGUUAUGGGAACUGUGUGGAAUCAUACCUAUUAUUUUACAAUCUUGUUAACUGUUAUUAAAUGACCAAUAAAACAUAAAAAAAAA